AACAGCCCGAGAUUGACAGCCUGACAGCCUGACAGCUUCGACAACCCGAGUGCUUGAGCACGGAGCGAUUAGGCUGAAUUAUCGGUAUCGACCAUGCCCUCCCCAUUUUUUACGCCGGGCACCCGGUCACAAGCAGAUCAAGUCGCGCUGCUGCACCUGCGCAGAGACCAGACCAUCCCGACCGUGCUACAGAUCCACGAUGACAAGAACCUGGGCUACGACGAAGGGAAGGUGACGAACACGCGGUUUGGGUCGUUCCCACACAGUACGUUACUAGGCCAGCCCUGGGGGUCGCAGAUUGCUGCUUCCAAGGUCGAUACCGGGUCUCGCGGACGCCGACCCCCCACGCAAACCCAGACAUCCACGCCGACAGAGACACAAACACAGACGCAGUUGAAGCGCAAGGCAGAGGACUCGCCGACGGUGACGGAUGACGCUCGCCCGACGCCCAAGGCCGCCGUUGCGGCAGCCAGUGGCUACUUGCAUCUCCUGUAUCCGACCCCGGAGUCGUGGACCGCGUCGUUGCCGCACCGUACUCAGGUGGUCUACACGCCGGACUACAGCUAUAUUCUGCACCGGCUGCGCGCGCGGCCGGGAUGUACCAUUCUGGAGGCCGGAGCGGGUAGCGGCUCUUUCACACAUGCGGCCGCGCGGGCCGUGUUCAACGGAUACCCUUCGUCGGAGGAAUCUCUUGAUGAAGACCAGCAGCAGCAGCAGCCGAGCAAGAAACGCCGCCUGGGCAAGGUGUGCAGUUUCGAGUUCCAUGCGCAGCGGGUGGAGCGGGUGCGUGACGAGCUCGUCCAGCACGGCCUGCAGGGUGUCGUGCACGCGACUCACCGCGACGUCUACGGCGACGGCUUCCUGCUCGACGGGGCCUCGCCUCACGCCAAUGCCAUCUUCCUCGACCUUCCGGCACCGUGGCUCGCGCUGAAACACUUGACCCGUCGCCCUGUGGAGGGGGGGAAUCCCGUCUCGCCGCUGGACCCGUCCACCCCGGUGUACAUCUGCACAUUCUCGCCCUGCCUGGAACAGGCGCAGAAGACCAUCAGCACUCUCCGCCAGCUGGGCUGGGUGGCCAUCGAGAUGGUCGAGGUGCAGCACCGCCGUCUCGAGAUCCGUCGCGAGCGCUACGGUCUCGACGCCCGUGGUGUCCGCGGGGCCGUCGUCUUCCCCAAAUCCGUCGACGAGGCAAUUGGCAAGCUCCGCGCGUCGGACCGGGGCGGUCGAUUCAGGAAUCACAAGGAUGAUUCUAUCGAUACAGAAACACCUCCCGCUGUCAAUACCACCACCAUCACCGCUAAUACUACCACCACCACUACUACUACUAUUACUACACAGAAUACCCCGGUGUAUAAUCUCGGGCGGGUGGUUCACCGCACCGAAGCCGAUCUCAAAACACAUACCUCCUACCUCGUGUUUGCCGUGCUGCCACGCGAAUGGAGCGAAGCAGACGAGGCGAAAUGCCGCGCCAAGUGGCCUUCGUCCUGUGUCGUUGAUUCAAAACCCUUCCCUGCGAAGAGCAAGAAGCAGCUGAAGCGCGAGGAGAAGGCGAAGCGGGACGAGGAGAGAAGGAAAAACGAAUAGUGUACGCAGUCCACUGGCACUCAAGUAAAUAAUAUAAUGUAUCUAUGUACUAGCUAUGUACUACCUCUAUAAAUUAUUCUCUGCCUUG